AUGUCAUGUACUAAUCGCUCCCCCUCUCCUUCCUCCAUCCACACCGCCUCCGAUGUAGGUUCCGCGCCUCAUACGGACAGUUCUGGCGACAUAGAGCAUCUAGCUCUUCGAACCCCAUCCGAACGCUCCUUUGAUGCCGACAUCGACACCCACUACUCCCCGAACAAUGCCUUCGCAGAGAGGAUGCGCCGCGAGAGGUUUGCUGUGCAAGCAGAAUCCACCCCUGCUAUUGCAAAGCUACCCCUCUGGCGAGAGGCCUCCCCACAUGAGCACGUCGAGGAUGACAGGUUUGGCGCCCUCCUUCCCUUGCUUCCUGCGGCAGCAAGCCAUCCCGAUUUAUUCAAGCGCUUUCUACACAAGAUAGAGGUGCUAUACGACAACUGGGUUGCCUGCGGUGAGAAGGAAUUUGUCGUACAGGAUAUACUGGGGAUCAACGAGGAGCAGUAUCUCUUGCUACAACACGCAUUGGACGAGAGCUGGGACUGGAAAGAGAAUGAGGACACGAAGAAACUAGUGGCGUUUCUGCGUAGUAUCAAUAUGGACUUCUGGAAAGAGGACCAUAAAGCGGUUCUCCAUGGUCCCACCUUCAGUGAGGACUGCGCCUUCCGCCUCAUCGACCGUAUGACGAUGGCCUUCAAGCGUAUUAGUCAAGUCUACCACUACGACUCCCUGGAGAUGGGGAACGAUCUGGUCGUCAAAGAAGGCAGGGUGAUCUUCACCCUUCGUGGAAGCGCAGUGAUGGCUGUGAAGGGUGGGGAUAGCGACGGGAUAGAGAUGGACGAGAGCGAGCAGAAGAAACGUGCACGUUCCCCUCUUUUCUUCUGUCUUGUGACGAACACUCGUGCGGAGUUCUUGUACCAGACGCGUAAGAUCGCCUGUGCCUUGGAAGGCCUGCCCCUGCUGCAGGGCUUCGUCAUUGCCCAUGUAGGGUUGGCGGAUGCAUCAUCCAGUGGUGACAUCCUCUAUGAUCAGGGCGGACGUCUCCUGGAUGACGAGAAUCCAACCAUGGAGGCCUGUUUGGCUAUCUACGGUCGGUCUGACUUCGUCAACUUCAUGGAGUGCACGAGCAACGCCAGGGAGUUGGCGGAUUGGGAUCGACUCCUCAGCAUGUUCCCCCAACCUGUCACGAAGCCCCCAGGCGGUCAACGCACUGUGGAAGAAAUCCUGCACGACAUCAUGCAGUCUUACGUGGCGACCUUCUCCGCUGCCUCUGAGGCGUGCAAUGAACUGCCGUGGGCGAGUAUGUUCCCCGAUCACGUUGGGAACGUGUGCAAGCUCGUCAACAAGGACGUCUUGAGCUGGGUGGACAGCGUCGUCCUGCACAAGACUGUCCGCUUGGCUCGGAAGCGCAUCCACUGCAAUGGUUGGCCGUUGAUAUCGAGCAUCGUGGGGCCGCAUGGACAGAAGGGAGUGCUCCGUAACGCGCUGUUUACCUGA